AUGAAGAUUGUAGUAGCGAUGAUUGUCAUCGUUAUUCAUAUAUUAUUCCACAAUGACCAUUCAAUGAAGAGAAGGUAUGUUACACUUGCGAAAUGUGUUGUGGUCAGCCAACAGCAAAAGCAACAAAAUGAAUUAUCCGGCGAAGGAAGCAAUGAAAUAAUUGAUGAGAAAAUAACGAAUGGAAAUGCGAUAUGGUCAACAAUCACAACUCCAUGCUACUACUGCGAUCACGGCCACUUAUAUGAUCAAUAUGAAGAUCAGUACAAAAUUAUAGCCACUACACUAAAUACAGAAGAUAAAAAUGUAUUGGAGAAUAUUAAUGAUGGACAAAAACGAUGGCGAAAGAUUAUCAUUGAAGCGAUGGAAUUGCAACAGGCAAGGCACUACAAGCAACCGCUUAAUUUACAUCAUAGGCCAAUUCUUGAAGAUGAUGGCAAUCAAAGUGUUAAUGUUCAGGUGUGCUAUUGUUUUAGAAUUAUAAAUAAUCGCCACACUAAAGAGAUAAUAUAUGCAAGAGAAAAAGAUAAUGUAACGAUACUUGAAACGCAGUGUUCUGUUCGAACAUGUACGGUAAUAUUUGCGGUGCUUUACAAUGAUGAGCCAAUUCCUGCAGAGAUUGUCGUAUCAGAUUUAUCGCUUUUAUCUCUUUCUCGGAUAUCAGCACGACUAAAAAUUCCUGUUGAAUCGAUAACAACUGUGGUAAUUGGUAUAGCGGCUAGUAUAAUUGCUGCAGGAUGGCUUUGCUUGUUUGUCUAUUACAACAGCUGUGGUAGACCUUAUACUACAACUACCGAGAAACCUCUCAUACAUACUAUUUUUUUAAAAGAUGAGUUCAUUCAAACUGCCGAAAAUGACAACGGAGGCAAGUACUUUGAUGCUCAACUACGGGAUAUUGAAAGUAAUAAAAAAAAGAGCCUCAAAACAAUAUCCACUGAAAAUGAUUCAUUAAGCAGAAUUCAAAGGACAACAGAGAAUGCUUUAGUGAAAGAUGUCGUAUCAGAAGCAACGGCAGUAACAGCAUCAGCGAAUACCACUAAGCAAUAUACUACCAGUAUGGACAUGAACCAGCAACAUGCUAUCAGUAUGAACACGAACCAGCAAUAUGUUUCCAGUAUGAUGGACACGAACCAGCAAUUUGCUACCAGUAUGGACACGAACCAGCAAUUUGAUUAUCCAAUCAGCAUCAUAACCAGACCAAGAAGAAGAGAUUUGCGUAUUCAUAAGUUGGAAACUUUGAGCGAUAUGUCAAUAUCUACGUUGAAAGAAAUUUGCAUGGAGGAAAAAUUGCACCCGCAUCCAAUUCCACCAACGGUAUCCGGUGUUUUGGAAGUUAGAAGCUUUACGGAACAGAUGCAUCAAAACCCAAUGAACUGUCUAUAA